AUGUCUUCAAAUCGACUUGCCCCGAUGCCACCACCGAAGCCAAGAAGCUUGAGUAAUGGAGGAAGAAAUAUGUACCAUGGAGGGUUCCUCACCCCACAAGAUAGCGACACGGACAGUGGUAUCAGCGCAGAUUGCGAUCAAGGAUCACCAAAAAACGGAUUUGGAAGUGUGAAUAAUAGCAUCCGUCGGAAUCCAGACAAUUCAAACUUCACAAAGUUUGGAGGCAAUCAAUUCCACACGAUUCGAAACCAAACCACCGCUGAUUAUUUGACUCCGAAUUCGGCGCGAAAAAUUGCGUCGUUGUCAACGCCACGACGUUUACCUCUUCAACCGCAUCAUGCCACACCCACCCUAAGCAAAACCAAAUAUCGCGUUCGAUUUGCCGAUGAAGUGGACAGUGGAGCAUCAACAUCGAGCGGAGCCUCCUCCACUCACGUUUCGCCAAGAAAUGAUCAACAAGAAAUUCCACUAAAUUCUGCUCUGCCGUCAACGUAUUCUCAAAGCUACACUGAGAACACAAUCAAACCUCUGCCAGCAAAUGAAAUGUUGCGUUCUUCCUCCGUCCAACAACCACGAAGUGGAACUUUACAGAGAAAUCCAAUUCGUCGCCUUCCUAAUAGUUCGACACCACAACCACAGCCAACGUAUGCUACUGAAUCGCUCAACGGAAUUGCAGAUCCUCCACCAUAUACUAUUGCAAUGCAGCGAAUGAGAACGUUCGAGCAACCGACAGAAUCAUUCCGCGACGCCUACAUUCGUCGAAAUGUAGCUGAUACUCUCCAGCGCCGUUACCGGCAGCGUUCAUCAUCGCUUCCUCGUGGAAACAAGUCUUAUUACGAUGGAAUUGAUUCCUUUGAUUUCCAACCACUUCAACCACCAGCUCAGCCGUCGUUAAUGGUAGCAGCAAACCAGCUUCCAGGAAGUCUUGACAAUCUUCAUAUUUCCGUAAUACUGGGAGCAAGUAAACGACGAAAACUCCCGACGGCACCCUUAAUGGGGUCGUCUUGCCAAUUACGCGAUGAUGCCGAUGACUUGACAGCAUACCGAGCUUUGCAGUAUCAAAUGAUGCAAGAGACUUAUCCAAGGCAAACGCUUCCUACGUUUGAAAGACAGCCAACUCUGCUGAGAAGAACGAACAUGCAACAGUUUAACAUGUCACCUAACAAUUUAGUGCAGAAACCAUAUGAGAAUGCAGAUUUUGGCCCUGAUGGAGUCAGAGCUCAAUUAAUUGCCCUCGAUCAAAGAGGCUAUCGACGCGUGCUAGUUGAAAAAAUGAUGCCAGGUCCUUUCGGGUUUUACAUUGCUACAGGAAUGGUUGCUGGCCAAAGAGGAAUUUUCAUAUCGCGUGUUUCCCUUCCCUCCUUGUCUCCAAUGCUCACUGUUGGAGAUGAAAUCAUCUAUGUGGAUGAGGAGCUCGUAAAAGGAAGAAGUUUAGAAUAUGUCCAAUCAGUGAUUGCCGGCAAAACAGCUGUCACAAUCACUCUUCUUCCUGCCGUUGGGCAACCAGCAUUGUGCUAA